CGUGUUGUGCCGUAGUGCCGUGUGCCGCGUACGUACGAGCACGAAUGACGCUUUGUUUGCUGUGAUUACGGAGCGAUGUGAGUUCAGUGAAUCCGUAUCGAAGAGAUUGUCGUCGCCUGGCGUGGUCAAUCAAGCCAGACGAUUGGUCACAGAGACCGAUCGUAGUACGGGGAAAAUCGGAGCAGCUCGUGGACCGCGUGCUCCGUGCCGUGUUGGUCUUUGCUCUUUUGGAGGGUUUCAAGGUUACGCUUUCAUUGCCGGCACGAACGAUCCGGGCCGCUGCUUCUGUCCGCGGUUCCGCUCGUUUUUUCUGUCAUAAAGCGAUCUAGACCGGGGAUUUUCUGACACAGGUUGUUCGUUCAGUGAUACUGGUCAUAGAAACGGCAGUGACGACGGUGUCUAUACGAAACUGCUCUCUGAUCGGAGCACGUUCGUUUUUCGGAGCAAUUACGAAUUUUGGGGCGAUCUACCUGAAAAGAGAUCCAUCGAAUUUUGUUAUUAUAAUAUAUUACGUAGAGUUUGAAAUCUCUGCGUAUUCGUGUUCGAGACAUUAAGAACUUAAAAGUACCGGUGACUUUGAGAAUAAAAAAUACCGAAAUAACGAACCAACUCCGUUUUCGAUAGUAAUUACUCCGCUGGAACAUUCGGCUCUGCGGAUAAUCCAGUAAGGAUGGAUGUAUAAUCUCGUGUACUCUUCGUCAACUUUUUAGGCAUGUCCCAUAAGAGUGACGCGGAGGUACCAGCGAAAAUCCUUGCUUUCAUCGCGAAAAGGCGGAAGAAAUCCGCGUGAAAAUCAAAACGAAAUCUACCGAUACUUCGAUUCUUCGUUUACCAAGCCGAAUCUCAGCAAAAUCGACCAAAGUACUGGAGAUUGCCUCGAGGAGCUCGAUUUUACUCCGAAUCUCAAGGUCACGGGAAUAAAAACACGCCAAGGUGUACAUAUCAGAAUUCUAAUACCUUGGAAUCGGAGCGAACUGUUGGUGACAAGAUUACGACGAGAAAAUUUCUUGUGCACGACUGAAAGAAACCGACGCGUUUACGAUAGUAACGAAUCUGUUCGACGUGUCCUCGUCAGAACAAUUAAGAUCUUUAACCGAGACUCGAGAGAUCUCCUUUCUUUCUUGUUGCCGGUGCGUUGACCCUGGACCUUUAAAAGUUUUUACUUUUAAAGCGGAGGAGCAGGUACGGGCGAAGUGGCGGAUCAAAAAUUAAUUUCACGUGGUUGUGUGUGUAUAUAUAUAUAUGUGUGAGUGCGCGGACAGAAGCAGUGGCAGGUUCUAAUUCGCUGGCCCCUGGCACAGAUGGUAGUACGUUUAUCGAGACACGUGUACGAGCAGUAGUUUCGAUCGCGUUUGGAAUGAUUGGCCUCCCUCCAUCGGUUAUCCACGCUCGUACUUCGCAGUGCUUCGUGAAAUAGAUCAGGACAGAGACACGGAGUGCGAUUAAUCGCGUUCUUCGUUCGAACCCAUCGACUUUCGAUCGUUUGGAGGCAAAACGUAGCACGACGCGCGGAGAACAUUUCUAUAUAUCGAAUAUACACGCACUCCGAACGCCCAUAGGCGGUCACCGCUCGCAGCGAACUGUUCCAUUGUAUCCGUAGGCGCAGAUAACGAUCGAAGGGUUAAUUCCUACCUGUGCAUCGAGUUCCAGCUAACCAAGUGGCUGGGUUAGCGUCCAGGAGAUCGUAUCGACGCAUUGGGGCCAGUUCGCGUCUCGUAAUGAGCUAGAGCACCGUCGAAGAUCGAACGUGACCAGCACCCCUCCAAUCGUCUAUCGGUAUUCUCGAAGGAGCCGUUAAUCGAGGUGCCGCCCAUUACAGGAAAAACCAAUCGAACGCGGAUCUCUCAGAGAGAGAUUUCGCUCCAAAUCGAAUAGGAAGCAUCACAUGCACCGACGGGUCCAGAUUUCGUGGACUGCUAGCCGACACUGAGAACCUCCGGUGAUCUUUUCUAGAGAAAAGUCUCGGAAAAGUACUAUUUACUCGUACGAGCCUCGUGACAUUUGAAAUUUCUCGGAAACUUCUCUGAAACAUACAUCGUGAGGUUUCCGACUGGCCCCUGGGACUUGAGUCAUUGGUCACGUUUACCAGUGAUGCUUCUAGAAGGAAACAAGUCGAGCAGGAUUUAAAAUUACUUUUGCAACUCCAAUAGACUCUCUGGUAAAUUUCUGGAGUAUACGUUAUUGGUAAAUAGUAAGUUCUUCGACUGGGCCCUAGGAUUACAGGCAUCGGUCAGUACUCUACUGAUGUUUCCAGAAGAAAACAAGUCGCGCAGGAAUUAAAUUUACUUUUACGAGACUUAGAAUUCAAACUCUUUAUUUAAUUUCCUGGAAUUCGAGUCAUUGGUAAAUUGUAAGAUUUCCUUAAAAAGGAAACAAGUCAAGCAAGAUUUGAAAUUACUUUCGCGAGCCUAAGGAGUACAAUUCAAACUCUUUGGGUUUUCUGGAGUUCAUCAUCCAUCAGACUCCUGGGACUAGACAUUGGACAGCUACUCCAGUGAUACUUCCAGAAGGAAACAAGUCGAUGAAUUAAAAUUAAUUUUGUAAGUCAAAGGAUUAUAAUUCAAGCGGGUAAAUUGUAAGUUCUCCAUCUGGCCCUUAGAACUAGAGACAUUGGUCCCUAAGUGAUGUUUCCAGAAGAACCCAAGUCGAAGAAUUAAAUAUACUCCUGCAACUCCAUUUCGAGUAAAUUCCUGAAACAUACGUCAUCGACAAAUUGUAAGAUUCCAUCAGACUACCCACUACUCACAGGCCUCAGUGAUGUUUCCAGGAAGACCGACCUCGACAAGUUAAAUUUCCUUCUGCAACCGCGAAAAAACGAUAACAAUUGUAACUCCUAGCGUAAUUUCGUGGAAUACAAAUCAUCGUUAAAUUGUAAGGUCCCCAGCUGGCCCCUAGGCAAGCAGCUCCAGCAGCCCAUGCCUUGAUUCGGCCCUGAAAUCGUUGAAGGGACGUCAAUUCGAAGAUGUCGCGGCGUGCAGUUGAGGGACGAAGCGCCUAAGGGGUCAAGAGACAAGGGAAAGGGUCGCUCGAAGGUUGAAGGGACAGGGUGCGUUUCUCGAGGAUCAUCGAAAAGUCGCGAACAUGACGAUCGCCAGCAAUAUAGUGGUCGAGUGGUUGCGCUCGCUCCACCUUGGCCAGUACUCCGAGUCUUUCAUCGAUAAUGGCUACGACGACCUUGAGAUCUGCAAACAGAUCGGCGAUCCCGAUCUGGACGCGAUAGGGGUGUUCAACCAGACCCAUCGCGCGCGAUUGCUCCAAUCGGUGAAGACCCUCCGAGAGGAGGGAGCUGCGAGCGUUUACUUUACGCUGGAGGAGAGCAACGACUGCCUGUGCGACAACGUCAGCUCCAAGUCCUCGAGGACAUCCUCCGAGAGACCACCCAGUGAUAAAGAGGUGCAGAGGGCCUCGCCGACCGCCAGCUCCUCCAGUGGUGGUCAGGAAUUAACCAAGUUCGCGGACGAAUACGAGGAGGGGAAGGCGGAGCUCGUCAGAAUCCCGAGGAUGCAGUUGAGGAUGCUGCUGCAGGAGAGGCUGAGACACGACGGCAUCAGGCUGGCCUGUCAACCCUACACAACACCGGAAGGUGAGAGGGGUUACUUGGAGGGGCUUGCUUCAAGAUAUGCAGACCUCUUCAGAACACAUUACGGAGACGUCCUGGAGCCACUCGAGGAGCUACGCCGCCGUGAAACAAAUGCUUCCCCCCGAAUGCCCAACACUCAACUCACCACCAGUCAUUCACAGCCCAUUUACGUGCCUGGAAAAUACUCGCCCUCGAGCUGUCUCAGCGACAAGGAGGAGGACGAAAUCUAUGGGUUCGGAUACGGAGUUUUCAGCAGGCAGAUGCUUCAGCAUCGACAACAAAAGCUUGCACUCGCCGCACAAAAUACCACUGCGAUGACGCCGGCUGGACUUCAACAGCCUUAUCAAAGUUGUCUGAGCCCGAGGUCUGCCUUCUUCUACGAGUUCCCACCUAAUGAACAAGGACAAAACACAGGCAAGAAAAAGACAACAUUUUCGAGACUUCUUCGAGGGCUGAAGACGCACAGGAAAGAAAAGCAAGGCCAAGUUCAAGGUUCUCCGAGACACAGUCGUACCAGGGUAGAUACACCGGAUAGCGUAUUGCAAAGUGGACUGGGUCUAGGACCAGACAUGGGAAACGCAAUUCUACGUUCUAUGGUAGAUCCAAGGGAUUACGACCGAUUAAGAUAUCUCCAAAUGAACGGUGGCCAACCGAAUAGCUUCGAGGAGACUAUACACAGGCUGAAAGUUCAAGAGGCACUGAGGAAGAAAGAGAGAUUUCACAAAGAACACGAAGAGAUACUGAGGGAUAUCCGGCAAGGCUUAAUGCAGCUUGGACGGGAUGGACGGGGUCAACUCCCUGGAGAUGACACUUACAUGUACGACGAAGACGCACGUUGUGGAGGAGGCUUAGGUCCAGGUCCUGGAGGUCAACACUGGUACGACGAGCCUCCUUACGAGUCCGAUCCUGAGGAUUUCCUUAUGGGAGCCAGUGGUGGUGCUGUGCCAACUGCAACCAUACAAAAUGGAAGAGUGUGCUUCACACUGAAUUUAAGGCCAGAGAACAGGAGCGAGGGAAUCAUCUCGCUUCGGACCGCCGGCGACAUUAGUUUGCCUCGGGAUCGUUCCAGGAAGGGAGCAACGUCGAUGAUGCGGGGGCUUAUUGUACCGCAAGGUCACAAUAAUCCGCCGACCAUAAUACCACUGACGCACUCAAGGGCCUCUCGAGAAAGCGGAGAUUAUGCGAGUAGCGACGUACAGAGCCGGAGUAGCGGCGAAGAAGGACUGUCACCGAGCCAAAGCAGCGACUACGAGGAUCAAGAAGAACUUGAGAAUCAGCACUCCGCCACCGUACACGCAUCGGAAGCUAGCGUUCUGCUGGAGGGCGACGCUAGGGCGCGGAUCGCAGGACGAGCGAGAAACCUGCGACACGACGUACAACGCAAAAUCUCGAGGCUUCGCCAGGAUCGCGCCUCUUCCGAGGCUUUCCCAUGCAGUGCUAGCAGCGUUGAAAGUCUUCCGAGCGGCAGCGGUUCCAGUACACAAGCGCUUGUGCGUGCUGGAAGCAAUCAUAGUUCGAUAUCCUGCGAGGACAGAGACGCUAUCAGCCCGACCACCAUGGGGCCUGUGCUCUGCAGGGCUAGGGCACUGGUGGACUACACGCCUAGCCCCUAUGACAAAGACGCGCUGAAGUUCAAGAAGGGAGACAUCAUCGACGUGGUGCAAAUGAACAAGAGCGGUCUGUGGAAGGGUAUCAUGCACAACAGGAUAGGCCACUUCAAGUUCAUAAACGUUGAGAUACUGAACGACAGGGUUCCAAGGCGCGGGGAAUCCGAGGGGCGGGGGAAGUGGGGCCAGAGGUACAGGCAAAAGCCCGGUUCCGUUCAAGAGCUCUUGCAGAGAAUGAAUCUUCAGGAGCACAUUCCUGUUUUCGUGUUGAACGGAUACGAGGAUCUGGAACUCUUCAGAGAAAUAGAACCUGCGGAUCUCGAUUACCUGCGUAUACAUCAGCCAGAACAUCGUGCCAAGAUCCUUACAGCUGUACAAUUGCUACACGAUCUACAAUCCGGAAGCGAGGGAGAUUUAGCAUCAAGUUCGGAAGGCGACGAGGUCAGUCGACUGGUCCUAACUUCCGACCAGACGUCCGGCCACUGUUCACCGUUUAAUCGUCGCCAGUUCCCGCGAGAUUCCGGCUGCUACGACGCCCACAAGAAUCCCACCAGUCGACGAACCGUAAGCCCGGAGUCUGGAGCGACUACCAAGCUGCCCAGAGAGAACAAUCUCGACGCCACAGCGUCCGCGAAGGGUAUCGGUGGCGUCAGCGCGGAAGGGAACACCGUGUCCGAUGGGAAAGACGACUUUCAUCCCAACAUACCCAUCGUUGGGAGCGUGAUCAGCCAGAAGGAAGCUCCCUUCGACAAGUCACCAUUGUUGCGUAGCGGGAACAUACGAUUCAUGACGAAAAAGGGAAACUUUGGCGAAACCGUGGUGAUCGAGGACGCCUGCGAUAGUGGACAGAAGCUUGGUAACCUGGUGAAAUACGUGGUGGGGAGCAGCGACAUUGGCCUCGAGGGUCCAGGCGGCGUUCCUGGCCUCGGACAAAGGGGUUGUAUUAGUGAAAAAUCCAGCGACUCCGGAGUCAGCUCAUCCAGCAUCAGCUCGGCGCCACCGCCUCGGGACAAGGCUCUAGCCAGCGUUGCUUCAGAUUCGCCUACCAAGAACUUCGGGAACUUCACCAGGGCAUCGCCCACCUCUCAACCAGCCAACAAGACUCAAAACGGCGACUCUGGAUACCCGUGAAGAGUAAAUGUAACGUUUCGAUUCAUCUUGCUUCGACGAUCCGUGUCCAGUUUGGUUGUCAGAGAGUCAUCGCGUUGUUCGUGUGACACAGGGUCGAAUGAUAUUGCGAGUUGGCUGGCAAGUGGCAGCGUUUCGACAGGUUGAACGGAUGACAAGUUGAAUCUUCAGGAACGUUUUCUCGAAUUUGGAACGAAACGAUACCAAAGUAGGGUUUAGAAGUUUCCAAUAGUCAACACUAGAGAUCUCCGCAACCGAAGUACGCUGAGAGUGUCACCUGGUCUGUACAAGAUCAAUGGAAAGGUUCGGUAACAUGUCAAACAUCCUCGUUGCUUCUAACGAUAAUGGAAUAGAGGAAGAAAAUUGUUUGUGGAAAGUUCUUUUUGUAUCGUCAAGAGCAAAUUUUUUGAUGGCUCUGAAAGGGAAGAGUGGAAAAUCUGGUAAGAGUCUUCAACGUGCCCUGAUGAAAUUUUAAUGAAUCACGAGAUACCACUUCUGAGACAAAGACUUAAUGGUAAUUGGGGCACGGGUUCAAGUGGGGCACAUGUGUACGCGAACCUUUCUAUCGAUUUUGCAUCAUCGAGUCCAACCACGGCCGCACACGUUCGAUCCACCUUGUAAAUAUUACAACAUAGAAGUUUGCUUUAAUUUCGCCUCACAUAACACGGAAUCGUAUUUUAAAAUACAUCAGAUCGAAGGAAAUAACGAGGUGCCUUGGUACCCUUUGUUGCCUUAACGAUCCUUUCUCCUCGUUACUUUAUAAUCAAAGGUACGCCGCCACCGUUUUUUCUUUUUCAUUUUUUUUUUUUUUUUGUUUUAAGCAAGAAUUCCAGCUUCAUUUGUCCCUUCCUAAAUUUCAAUAUCAAACAAAGGAUGUACUUCGUUAUUCCCAUCUUGAAUUUGUAAAAAAUCUCGAGUAAAGGAGACGCAACGGAUGGCGAGAGGUGUAAGAAACAGAAUUUAAGCAGUUUUAACGAGGAGAGGCCGCGGCGAAGUUUCUCCAGGAGUUCGUGGCUUCGCACGAACGGAACGAAUUCGGGUGGUGAGGUUUUGAAUUGAGAGAGAGGGUUGGGGAGAGAGGGAGAGAGACGGGAAAGAAGAAAUUACGUCACUGCCUGAUCGCUUCACGAUCUCGUCUGUUAUUUUCAACGCUCGUGUAAUUAAUAAUUAAAUAAGCGAAUAUUAUGUGAUACAAUAGCAAUAUACGUCCCCCUAAUGUGUAGAUAGGUAAAGUAAAAGCCUGUAAUAAAAAUACGACCGUUGAGGAAACGAUUGAACGAGAUACGACGGCACGAUAACGAUCAUUUCACAGUUUUAUUACGUUGUAUAGGUCUUCUUAGCGAUUAUCAUUUUUCUCGACGAAGUGACUGAUUCUUUUAGAUUAGUGACUCUUAGAUUAAAGACUGCCAAGUUUUUCUACGAGAAGGAGAGUCGUUCAUCCUUUGGUUUCUAAGCUGUUGCUACGUUUUGUCGGUUUAUACUAACCGUGAACAGAAGAGUGAACUGCACUUUUGGCUACUCUUGCCAAUUAAUACUGCUGAAGAGCAUGAACUUAUUAGCCCUCUAUAGCCCUUGUGUAUUCUGAGGUCACAUUCCCAUGUAUCUAUAUUAUCAAAAAAUUCUUGUUGAUAAUAAUUGUUAAUUAGAAUUUCUGAAACGAAGACGAUACACUUGGCAACUAGCUUUUAUUGAAAGUUAUACCCUUCUUAAUAAAUUUCAUUAUCAGUGCUUAGGAGUUAUAGAGGGUUAAUGUUCUCCUGUUUGUCUCGAAAUUCGAGCAUGCAAGGUGAAAAGCAGCAGGUUUGGUUAAAACACUAAAGUGAGAAAUCUGUGGAAAAUUGAAACAUCUUUCUUCCAUACUAGUUGUCUCAUUCAUUAUUCAAUUUUAUUAUUCAGUAUCAUUACAGAAUGGGAUACCAAACGUUGCCAUGCAAAAGAUCUUGUUUCCUUCUAAAAAUAAUGGAAAAAGAAGUCUGAAACAUUUUUUUUUUUCAUAUUACAAAAAGCACCAUUUUUGAUAGUCAUGUUUGAUACCUCGUUGGUAUUUGCGUCCCAUAGUUGUAAAGCUUACAGAUGCCUACGAUACUUGAGUUUCGAUUAUUAGAGCGACGUUUGGAGUACAGAAACAUGUAUCCAAGGAUAUUUUGAUAUCUGUGGAAUAGGAUACAACAUUAAAGAAAUUGUAAUUGCGUUUGUUUUCUUAGUGUUAAAAAAUUCUACGAUGCUAUUAUUCAAGACAUACAUAUUCACAAUCUGCAUAUCCAUCUAAAUGCAGCUGGUAGCAUCACUUCUUAAGAUUUAUUCUAAACAGUUUUUACAUUUUUUUUUUCUAGCAUAAACGUCUCAUUUCAGAGGAAUACAUUACUAGUACACGAUCGACAAUCCCCAUCAUCGAUGCAACUUAGUUCUUCGACAAGAUGGUAACCUGUACAUGUGUAUAUUCACCAUGCCACGUGAAACGUUGAAAGUUACAAAGUUUUUGUAUGUACAUACAAUACGCAUAGAAACCUAACGAUGUUUUAUAUUGACCCAACCUUUGCCAAAACAUUAGACUAUACAAAUCUAUAAAUAUACGUACGUUAUAUAUAACACCGUUGGAUCUUAUGUACAUCUUUUGUAUAGUGUAAAGUGGUAGUAGAGUUCGAAAGGGCAACGCGUAAACGAAAUCAGGAACGAAAUCUACGCGAGGUGAAAGAGAAAAAAAAAAAAAAAUCGAUCGACGGCACAGAAUCUAACUCGAUUUGUACGCAUCCGAGAUAUUAUAUAUCGCAUUACUGUAAAUAGAAGCCAUGUACUCAUUUUUGUCGAAAAAGAGUAACUCGAUCAUUGUCGAAGACGACGGAGACUGAUGAGCAAGCGUUAGAAGAAAUCUUGUAGAAUUUAAGAUGCAUGUUCACCUUCUUCAUUAUUAUCGAUUUACGAGUAGUUUUUUGGGAAAUUCACUUCCCCCAUUUUUUCGAACGCUAUUUCGUACGACCAUUGACGAAUGGAAAGCAAUUAUUGUACAUGUGAAAUUUUGUCGUUCGCGACUCGACUGGGGGCGGGGGAGGCGAUGACACGCGCACGACUCGAUUUUUGUUGACACGUACUGCUUCCACAACUGCGACUGAUUUGCUGUAUGUCUUUCGUGGAUACGUGGGGCGUCGUGUGAUUCUCGAACAAAAGAAAAGAAAACGAAAUUCACGAGAACUCGAACACGUUGUAGGUGAUAAUAAAAGACGAACUCUGCGGUUAUGUUGAAUUAAGUACGGGAUGCCCUCGUCGAUAGGCAUCGAUAUCUCCAAGCAGUGACUCUAUUCAGAAGUUUGACAGUUUUAGCAAAAUAAAUUAGCGAAAUGAAAAAAAAUCUUUAUUAUAAUAAUACACGAAUUAACGAUAAACGCUGUAGCUUAUCCGUUCCAUCGAGAGUAACAUUAUUUGUAGAGAACGAGUCAGGAUGAAAAUGAGAGGGAGAGAGAAAGAGAGAGAAAGAACGAAGAGGGGUGGACGAAUGCGUGAGAGAUGUUAAUUGACGACUACUUUACGAGAGUACGAGUAGGCACGAUAGUGAUUUUAUUAGCUCGGGGAGUACGCAGCAUUCGAUGUACAAAAGAAGAUACAUUCUAAUAGUAGACACAAUAAGCUGUAAUUUAGAUAAGUAAUUCGAGAGAGAAGAGCUUCGAAAGGAAAGUUAAAGGAGCCUAAGCGCGCCCAUGUUCGAAAAUGGGAAUCGGUUUGUUCGCGAACGUCUAAUGAAACGAAAUGGCCACCGUCGGAGAAAAACGUCAAAAGCAUUGUGUCUAGAAGGUCGUUAAAAAUCGCUAGUGAAACAUGAUUAAGCAUCUACUUAGCGGUCUAGUCUACCUAUUCUUGCGAAGUUUACAAUUCGAGGUAUAAUGAUGUACAUAAAGAAAAUAAAAAAAAUAACGAAACUAAUUAGGAAACGGCGAAUCGUGUCAGUGCACGUACGCUGAACAUUUUGAUAUGCUAAUUUUGUAUUUAUUCAUUAAUUGCGGGGUUUACAGAGGUCACAAUUCGUAAUUCUUAUUGUCUCUUGGUUCUCGUAUGAUUUUCGACGAUAACUGCUAAUUUAUUGACGGUGAAUAAAAAUAAACGACAGAA